CUAGUGUAGUGGAGCCACUUGCGUGCAGCUUCUCUCUGUAGACACAGCUCGUGCGGCUCAUGAAGAUUCUGUGUAAGGUCACUCUCAACACCGUGGCCUCAUUUUGUGUAAGACUUCUAUGAAGAUCCAGAAAUGGUAUUCCUGACGUUGUCCAGGUGGAUUAGAAGCCGCGGACCUGACAGAUACUGGAAGGUUCAAGAACUUCUCAAGCAUGCACGGCAUUUCAGAGGCAGAAAGAACCGCUGUUAUAGUCUGGCCGUACGAGCUGUCAGGAGGGCGUUUGUCUACGCUACUAAAGGACGCAAACUGAAGAAACGCAACAUGAGAACGCUUUGGAUCACGCGCAUUGCUGCAGCUUCCCGAGAGCACGGCAUGAAGUAUCCUGUUCUCAUGAGCAACCUAACGAAGAGCAGCGUUCAGCUCAACCGACGGGUGAUCAGCGAGCUGGCCAUCACAGAACCUCGGUCGUUCCUCGCCCUCGCCAAGUUGGCCAGGGCCCGGCAACAAGAAGGCUUCUGUGCAGCGCUGGGUGAUGGCAAAGAACCUCCCGGUGUCUUCUCCCGUGUUGUUGUGCAACAGUAGAGCAUGUACUGUAAAAAUAUUAAGUGGAUACAUACAUUUUUUUUAAGCGGUUGUUUGCAGCAUGAGAGGUUUGGAAAGUUUCGUUUUGUGAAACUAUGAAUAAUGUAAGUUUAUUAUUGGAAAAUGAUGAGAUGGUGAUUUAAUAACUCUUACUUUGAAGCCCCCAUACCACAAUUCUAAUUAGUAACAAUUUAAUGUCAUGCCAGAUCUUGUGUCCACAAUUGUUUCUGCAAUUAAACUGAACAAUUACUCUGGUUAGUGUUGAACUGAAAUAUCUGGUUAUCAUUUUUCCCCUUUCUGUAAAUAUGUAUUUCUCAGACGAUUGUCUUCUGAAUGUUCAGUUCUUAAUAAAGGUUUUGCUAUACAGUG